UACUGAAAUUGUACAACACUAGUGCCGAAAUCUUUCAAAUAAAAGCAACAAAAAUAAAAUAAAAUAAAAUAAAAAAGCAAUAAGAAUCUAAAAUACAAAAAUGGAAUCAUUAUCGCACUUGGUUAAAUCGACAUUGCCGAAUUACUUGUCAAAUCUUCCAGUUCCCGAUACCCUUGGAGGAUGGUUCAAAUUGUCAUUCAAGGAUUGGCUGGCUCUCAUCCCUCCAACUGUUGUGGUCGCUGGAAUUGGUUAUACCGGUUAUUUGGCCUUUUGUCCCGCAGCUCAGGAUCGUUGCAGUGCUAAGAAGAAUAGCGGACGUUGCAAUAAUUUGAUACGCAAACAUGAGGCUAAAGUUGUGGAUAUGAUCGAUGUGGAGGACAUUGCCGAGAAGGCAGCCUUCUGUCGCUGCUGGAAGACCAAGAACUGGCCAUACUGCGAUGGCAGCCAUGGGGAGCACAACAAGCAGACCGGCGAUAAUGUGGGUCCCGUUGUGGUCAAGAAGUAAACAAAGCUGCACCCCAUCCCGCGAGACUUGGUUUUGAUAGCAUUUUCCCCUGUUGAAUUUGUUCUUUUCACGUAGAUUUCUAUUUCUCUACGCUCACAUUUGCCUUUAGACUUAAGUUGAUUGAAUUGCAACUUCUUUUGCGUUUUGAAAUUAUUCCGAUUUCAAAUUGUUUUUAGAUUCGUUCCGCAUCGUGUCAAAAAUUCUUGUAUUGCUAAGCCUAAAGAUAGUUCCAUGAAUAAUAAAAUAUUGGCAAAUAACAAUAGAAAUUAUGAAAAAAUA